CGCGGAAGUUGAUGUUGAUCUACAAAGUGAAAGUCAAAAAGAGCGAUCAUUUUCGAGAUGGUCAAAUUUCGCCUCCUCAAACAAGGAUUAGCCUUUAUAUAUAGCAGCAGAUAACAAAGGAUUUGCUCCUACGCGUUUCCUGAGAGCUUUGCUGCCUUAUGCUUUUGCCUAAAACCUCGUUCAAAACAAACAGUAAAAUCCCAACCUUUGUCGUCUAACAAUAGUCUUUUCAUCCUCCUUCUCUUGUUUUGCUAUUGCCAUGGCCAGCGGAUCAGCAAAAUACUAUGUGGUCGUUUCAGGCAAUAAUAUUUCUGUCCCUUUCACUCAACAUUUCGACCUCGACGAUGCUAUAACGAUGCCGGAGAACCUUCAAGCCAGGCAUCAAACAGUCACCCGUUUGGUUUCGGACAUGCCGAUGGUCAAUUAUGCAACCGGUAGCUGCUCAAUUUGCAUGGAGAGUUUCUGGCAAUCCGACGGAGCUGCUGCUUCUAGGCAAGUUUCAUGCGGCCAUGUCUAUCACCAUAACUGUAUUACCGAUUGGCUCUUGAACGGCAACAGCAAUUCUUGCCCCCUUUGCCGCCAUGAAAUCUCCGGCUGAUGAUACCUACAGACUUGUCUAGCUAGCUAUAGCUUCUCAAUUUGGAGCGUGUAAUACGUUCACUCGAGAUUUUGUUU